AUGUGAUCCCAACAUGGUUUUAUUUUAAUUUGACCACAAUUAUUAGAUUUAGUGCCAGUAGAAGAGUCACUGGAUCCGUGUGCGGCUGCAGAGUAAACAGUGAAGAUGCUCACACAGUAAACAGGAAGCGUUUGUUUCCAUAGGGCCAGAGGUCAUGCUACCGUCAACCUGUUGUUAUGGAAAGAGAUGUUCCUCAAAACAUUCUUUACUUUACUUACUGGGAAAGAAAAGAGAGUAAAAGCAAACGGAACAUUUUUGACUGAGCAGGAACUUUAAAGCCUGUGGGUCACAGUGGGAGACGACGAGGUACAGGAAGAGCUGAGAGAUUAGAAAAGGGCCUGAGCUGCUCUCAGAGACUAUAAAGCCACGGGGCUGGUAAUAGCCUUUGAAAAGCAGCAAUGGGUUGGCUACUAGUAAAAGAUAAGCGUUUGCAUAUUCCUUAUCACUGGAGCUGUAGUAGAGGCAAAGCUUCAGAGGGAUUAAACGCCCUGUGGAGACACACAGCACCUGCCGCCAUGACUCUCUACAGAGCAGAUCCGGUGCUCAUCUGCCUGCUCGUCACCGCGAUGGCUGCAGCGGAGGUGCAGGACAAAUUCUCACCCGAGUGCAAGAGGUUCCUGUACAUGGGGACGCAGCCUCGAGGGCUGGAGGAGCAGCCUUUUAAGAGGAUCUGCCACUUCUACGCUGGGAAACCGCGCUUCGUGACCCUGUACGACUCCUUCAACCACAUCCCCGUUUAUUCCGCAUACACCUUCAAGCGCUCCGACGGUUUCAAGAAGGUGGACGUUCCCUGGAUGUAUGAACCACAGCUUUCCACAACCUCUGGCUCCAGAGAAAUGCAGCAGUUCCCCUCAGAAAACAUUCACAAGAGCUUCGAGGACGCUCAGGCUGUUCUGGACGACUACUCGGACAGCGUGAUCUACGAACGCGGUCAGCUGAGUCCAGACGAGCACCAGGCCAACCCCGACGACAAGGCGGCCACCUACACCCUGACCAACGUGGUCCCUCAGGUCAGAGAGUUCAACAUCGGGCCCUGGAAGGACCACGAGCACAUCAUCCGCAAGAGGCUCAACAACUACUGCCGCGGCGCGGCCUACAUGAUCACUGGGGUCACCACCUCGGGUCACACCAUUCGCCGUCACAACAUCAACCGCCUGGGCAUCCCCACCUACCUGUGGUCGGCCUACUGCUGCGUUGACUUUGACCACAAUGCGCCUUUCUCUGAGCGCUCAAAGUUCCCGGCCUUUGCAGCUUACGGGCUCAACGACAGGGAGAAUAAUAAGGUCCAGGAGACGACCGUGCAGGAGCUGGAGAACUUCCUCAAGAGGGUCACUUAUGUCAGCAGCUCUUUCCAGAUCUUCUACGACAACUGCAUCCCUCCUAACAGUCCAAACAGCGCCCUGCACCUGCCCUGAGGGCAUUCAGCAGCUUCAUGUUGACAUAGAUAAUAAUAUAAAUCAGCAAAAACAAUGUUUGGUAUUUUCAUAGUAUCAUUUAGUUUCACUGGGUCUUGAAAAAUGUCAAAUUUAAAAUGAUCUCAAAAACAUUAUGAUUGGUUCUGAGUCAACAUUGGUCAAAUAAAAAAAUAUCAGUCCCUUUGGUAAACUUGGUCCUUUUUUUUACAGGUAGUAGCUUAUCUCACUUUAAUUCUGACAUAUAUAAACCUGGAGCCUGGUGUCGAGUCUAGUGUACUCUGUAAGCCUUUUGUUGAGCACAGAUUAGAUCACCAGCUUUACAUUUUCACAUUCAUCUUCUCAAGUGUACCGCUGUAAGUGACACACUGCUCCCAGCAGAACUCCUUCACACCAGUU